ACGCAUACCUGUGGAUUCUCGAACAACAGCAGGUCAAAGUCGAACAAUAGGACGCGGUGUCCGGCCCGAUGUACCGCCCUAGGCGGCCGCACAUGUGGGAACAAUACGACACCGCCACCAGCAAACAUAUCUUGAUCUUGACCGUCACCAUUGCCGCGCGCUGGCCCGGACAACCCCUCGUUCAUGGAGAAGCUUCAACAUAUCGUGCAAACCACCCCGCUCUGCUCUCGCUGCAGUCACGAGUUCGCCAGCGUCACCGGCGGGCCCGAUCUCGCAGCCCUCGCUCGAUCGGCCUAUGUCCCCACGACAGAAUUCGACCGCGGCUCACUCCAGCUUGGCCUCGCGAAUCUGGAGGGCGGGCUGAGCGAAUGCGAGGCCGAAGUGACGCGGGUGGAAGAGGCGGCGCGCCUGCUGCGGCUUCAGAAAGCCAGCCUGGAGGAGACCAUCGCGGACGUGAAGGCGCUGCUGGCGCCCAUCCGCUGGAUGCCGCCGGAGGUACUGGGCCAAAUUGCUGCCUACACACUUCCGCCACGGUGGUUCCUCGAUUAUAUCGGCGGCAGUGUCUGGUCGUUCUCGCAGGUCUGCCACUACUGGCGGGAGAUUACGUUCGGUCUUUGCUGGGCUUGGCAGGAUUUCCGAGUGCCGUACACUGCCGAAGGACGACAAGGAGAGUACCUGCUCGAGUUAGUGGACUCGUAUAUCCAGCGCUCUGGGCAACGCCCGCUGAGGGUCGGAGCCUUCGUGAGAAGGCCUCGUGAGACCUGGGAAGAUAUCGACGGUCGAGUGUGGCAAGCGAUAUGGGCCAACGCGGAUCGUCUGAAGUCGCUGAGAUUCGUUCGGUCCAUCGCCGCCGACUUACGUUAUCCUAUCCUCCCUGCUUUGACGCAUCUGGUUGUCCACGGUGAACCCAAUGCUGUGCUUGGGACAGCGCUGCCCGACAAUGGCCGUGUUCCAAAACUGGAAGCUCUCGGCUUUAUUGAGGCCACGAUACCCACCUCUAGUUCGUUCGACUGGUCCGUCCUGCGUAAACUCGAGGUGCAGAACAUCAUGCCCCGGAACAUCCAUGUCCUCACUCUCUGCUCGAAUCUUGCGCAUCUCAAGCUAUGUUUCUAUGCUCGUCUUCAUCCCAGCCGUGUCCUAGGAUUUGGAUUGCUGCAUUUCCCUUCACUCGAAACACUCUGCACCGCCAGCGGAGCCAUCCUGCUCUGCCCCAUCAUCAGAGCUCCUCGCCUGGCAUGCAUCGAACUUGAUGUAACUUAUCCUGGGUACCAAAAUGACCAGAGAGGGGGGAAACAUUUCGUGAUGGAUGAGGAACAUCUCAUUGGCGUCUACCCGCAUCUGUUGCAAGAUAUUCUCAAGCCCGUCAAGAGGCUCAUUCUUCGGAAUAUGUGGCGCUACAGUGUCGACACUAUCUAUGGCAUCAUGUCAAUGGCGAACGGGUUACGGGAUUUCCGCUUUAUCCACGAAGUGACGCCGAUCACCUGGAAUCACCCUCUGCAUCGCGAACUCGCGGAGAAGCUGGUUUUCGAUGUGUCGCGCCCGACGCUGACGUGCCUCGAAUCGGUGCUGAUAUUCAAUCAAUUUGGCCUGAAGGGUAACUUCGCCCGACUUGAGUAUGAUCUAGUUCGGACGAUCUGGCAAUCACGUCAAUCACCUCUAUGCUCCCCUCUGUCCAGUUUUCAGGUCCUUUUGCCUGAGGUUGAAGGAUCUGACUACCCCGUAGUGGACAUUCUCAAGUUCUGGGAGUCUAUCGAGGCAACGAGGGAAUAGGGCCAUAGCUACAACCGUACUUGUACCUGCUACCGUCAGUCAUACCUUCGUGUCGCGCGCAGGCUUAUGAACACUAUAUGGGAGACUAUGGAGCACCGCCCCUCAUCUAUAGUCGAUUACUAGGAUCAAG